AAAAUAUAAUCUGCGGUUAAACUUCAUAGUAGGAAAUAGUUUAACUAUCUUCAUGUAGCCUAUAAAGGUGAAAAUGUUGCCUUUAUACAUGUAAAACGUUGAAACUGUGUAGAAUUAAUUUCUUUGCCGGGGGUCUAGUGAAUAAGCAAUGCAAUUUCGGAACAAUACUAUAAUUGGCUGAAACGGGGUAAACUUUCUUUCUGUGUGGACACUGAUUGGUCCGCGUCUCGCAGAGCCCGCCUACGGGUGGUGCCUUGAACCUGCUCUAUGUUGAAGCGUUGCGCUCAACCAGUGUCGAGUUUAGAGGGUCUCUCUCUACCAGGGUGACAAGUCUGAGCCGGGGAGCCGCCGAGGGAAGGAACUGUCUUUUGAACCAAACACACGGGCUACUUUGGGCUUUUCAUCGCCGGAUACAUAACUUGCACUGGAGUUGGAUUAAUUUGCACCACUCUUUUUUAGUUUUUAUUUUUCAUUUGCUUUAGAAGACACGCUAAAACUCACCGAAGACAAUGGGGUCCCAGUCAUCCAAGGGAGAAGUAGCUACGGAGGCAAACGCUGCUGCCGCUGAUGCUGCAGCUGUCAAAACCAAUGGACAGGAAAAUGGGCAUGUGAAAUCAAACGGAGAUGUCUCCAAGGCUGAUGGAGAAGCUGCUGCCACCAACGGCUCUGCUGAUGCAGCCAAGGAGCCCGAGGCUGGUGCAGGGGGUGAUGCCAUCGAGCCUGCACCUGCUGCAGACGGAGAGGCUGCCAAAGCUGAGGGUGAAGGAGCUACUAAAGAAACCCCCAAGAAGAAGAAGAAGAAGUUCUCCCUCAAGAAGUCCUUCAACUUCAAGAUCAAUCUGAAGAAGAAGAAGAGCGAUGCCGUGAAAGAAGAAGCGGCCGCUGCUCCGGAGGAGAAGAAAGAGGAGGCAGCUGCAGAGGAGAAGAAGGAGGAGGUGAAGGAGGAGGCUGCAGAAGCUCCUGCUGCUGCAGCUGCUGAGGCUCCUAAGGCUGAGGAAGCCCCCAAGGCCGAGGAGGCUCCUAAAGAGGAGCCCAAAGAGGUAGCUGCUCCUGCCGCCGAGCCCACAAAACCCACAGAGGAGAGCAGCUCGACCCCUGCUCCCUCUGAAAAGAAAGAGUGAUUGUACCUUCAGCUCACUAUGAACUGAGUGAACUGUUUUUCAAGAGAGAGAGAGAAAAUUUAAGAGUAUAUAUAUAUUUAUAUAUAUGUGUAUAUGUAUACAUAUGUAUAUGGAUAUAUGUAUAUGUAAAUAUAUACACAUGUAUGUGAGAGACUCCUUCGACGUGCCACUUUUCGUCAUGAUAACAAGACGACAGACUAGAUUCACUAGAUCACUUCCCUGGUUACUGCCGACAUCUGGACCUGGCUGAGUUUAGGCUGUGGGAUGGUCGCUCUGGAGAAUGGAUUUUAAAGGCUGGAAUGCGAGAUACUGACACCAUGAAGUUUGAAAGAGGCUGAAGGAUGUUGACACAAAUCAGAGCAUCUUUUUCUUAAAAUCUGUGACUAAGAUGCUCCGUGCUGAAGGAAUGAAGCUUACCAUGAUAGUAGGACACCACCACUUGAAUGACUGUUAAAUAACGAAAAAUGAAAUCAGAAAUUAAGAGACUUGCCAACUUUUUACAUUCCUAUAUUUUAACCCAAAUUUGAAGUAUUUUGUGGUGUAUUAUAGAGGACCAUCUUAAAGAUUCAGAGAAGCUAUGUCUUGUUUGUUUAAAGUAAAAAAAAAUAUUUGAUUUUUACCUUACUAUAAAAGAAGAACACUUAAGCUUGCUAUGUUCACUGUUGCGGUUUGAUAUGAAGCAGAGUUGUUUAUCUGUCGUGUGUGAGCCUGAAUCUGCUUUGUCUCUGUAAAUACAUUGGAUUGAUUUCUGUUCUUUAUUUUGCUAAUGUUGACAGAUGUUACUGGUUUUAUUGUAAAGUUGAUAAUGGUAAAUAAAUGUUGGUUACCUGCCA